AUGGAGCAAUCUGCACCGGCGGAGCGUGCUCCCUGCCCUGUGCCGCAUGCCCACGAUCAGCCACUUCCACCCGGGCACCCUUCCGUGCCAGAUGCUGUACCGUCGUCGUUGCAGCCGCCGCCUGCGCCACAAUGCAUCUUCUUCCGGCAGCCAGACGAUGGGCCCACAGACGGCGCCGAUAGCCCUGCAGUGUCGCAGACGCUUGGCCCUGCACAGGCGCUGGGCGAUGCGAAUUCUGUUGACUCAGAUGUGGAUGUGGACCAUCUGGUGGUGUUGUCGAGCCGGUCCAGUGCGCUUGCAGUGUGCCAAGCCGAGCAAGUGCACAAAGUCCUCGAUGCUCACUACGGCAAAAACGCGCCGGCAUUUAUGGAUAACGUGCCUGCGCACUUGAAAACUCAUAUUGCUGCGGUCCGCACGUUUCUGCAGAACGUGAUGGGCGUUCCCGAUGAGCAGUUGCGUCCGUUUGUCUUUCAAGCGCGCACGAUGGCCACCACGGGCGAUGUGAACCUUCGCUCGCCGCUGUACGUGAUCGGCGGCGAAGGGUGUGCGAUAUGGACCAAAGAGCUGGAAGUAGUGCUGGAGAACCAUGGCGUGGACGUGAUCAUCCACAGUCUUAAAGAUGUGCCGACGACGCUGCCAAAAGGCAUGGAAUUGGCCGCGAUCUUGGAGCGCGAAGAUCCGCGCGACGCCUUGGUCGUCAAGUCUAGCCUGCCGUACACAUCGCUGGACGAAAUGCCGUCCGGCUCUGUGAUUGGGACGUCGUCUGUGCGCCGCGUCGCGCUUUUGCGGCGCGCAUUUCCGCACCUCUUGUUUAGCGACGUACGUGGAAACAUUUACACACGCUUAGCGAAACUCGACGCGCCAGACGGUCCAUACACUGCAUUGGUUCUUGCCGCUGCAGGCCUGAAGCGCAUGGACCUCUCCAGUCGCAUUACUGCGUACCUGACCGCGCCGGUAAUGCUCCACGCCGUGGGCCAAGGUGCGCUUGGCGUCGAAGUGCGUACGCCGACCGGGACGGGGACCAGAGACGCACAUAUCAAAGCGCUUAUUGCGAGUGUCGGCGACUGGCGCACAACGUGGAGAUGCGCUGCUGAGCGUGCGUUGCUGCACCGCAUCGAAGGCGGCUGCUCCGUUCCCCUCGGUGUCACGACCACGUUUGCGGACCAUCGCGAGGUGGAAGGCUUGUGCAAGGAGCCGGCGGCAACGUCUUGUGCGCUGCCAUUGCAAGACCCUGCCAGUGCACCGUCCGCCGCCCUCGCUCGCUGCCCGCCCGAAACGGGAUGCGAGCUCACGCUGCGCGCUGUGAUUGUAUCGCUCGAUGGAAAGCGGAGCUGCGAGUAUGUGGACACGAAACGAUGCCACAGCGUCCAUGACGCCGAGCAGCUUGGGAUACAAGUUGCAGACGACCUCGAGCAGCGCCAAGGCGCGCGCCUCAUUCUCGACGAAGUAGAAAAGCACCGCCAACUUGCCCAAGUUGCCGAUGAAAAGCGCCGUGCCGCCGACAAGGCGGCGCGCAAGCAAGCGUGCAACGGCGCAAUGCCCCCCGAGAUAGACCGCCGCUUUGUCCCGCGCGAUGACGGCGAGGCCAAAGCGUGGGAAGUAUAA